AUGUGGACAAGAAUUAGAUGUACUGCCAUUAGCCUCUUCAAAAGGUACUGGUUUUUGGUCGGACUAGGUUUCGCAAUAGGUCUGGCAUGGGCCAUCCCAGAUGUCGGCAAGACCAAUGGCGUUCUCCAGGCGCAAUACACCAUCCGAUGGGGUGCGGUUAUCCUGAUAUUCUUACUGUCUGGUCUCGGUAUAGAAGUCAGAGAGCUUUUUCAUACAUUCUUACAGUGGAGACUUCACCUGGUUGUCCAGAUAAUCAGUUUUAUUAUCAUGCCUCUUACCAUGUACACCGUCACCUACAUCUUUAUGAGCGCCAAUGCCCCGAUGGACAACAUGAUGUAUAAAGGGUGGAUCAUUGCGUUGUCGACCAGUACGACUGUCUCUUCAAAUGCGAUUAUGACUCGAAACGCCGGGGGCAACGAUGGUGCUGCUCUAUUCAACGCCGCGGUUGGUAAUAUCAUGGGUGUCUUUAUUUCUCCUGCAUUGAUUGAAUUGUUUGAGAAUGACACUACACUAUUUCCCCCAGGAACCGAACGUGGAGAUCCCAACUAUCUCUCCAUUCUCAAGACUAUGGGACUUACUGUUCUCUUACCAUUAGUAGCAGGACAGGCCAUUCGUUACUUUUUCCCUAAACAAACGACUUAUCUGGCGGCCAAACUCCGGUUUCCAAUCAUCAACAGCUUGGCCCUCAUAGUUCUGGUUUGGUCUGUGUUUUGCGAUGGUGUGGCGAGCAAUGCGUUUGUGAACAUGAAGACUGUCGAUAUCCUGGCCAUUUUGUUUGUCGACAUGUUUAUGUAUCUAUUUGGCUGCGGUCUCUGUCUGUUUGUUGCUCGUCUCCCGUGGCCUAGACGAUACAUUAGAGAGCCUAUUUGGGUCAGAAAGUGGAGGUUCUCAAAAAAAGAUGCAGUGGCAAUCAUGUACUGUGGAUCUACAAAGGCAGCAUCUAUGGGCAUAGUGUUGAUCAAUGUGCUUUACAAUAAGAGCAGUUAUGAUGUUGUUGGUGUUCUAUCACUCCCAUCCCUAUUGUACCAUAUCUCACAACUCUUCCUUGGAAACUUUCAAGUUGGUUUUUUAAAAAAGUGGGUCAAAGAAGGUGAAAGAGAGUUAACAGAAGCUGAUGGACCCCACGACACCUCAUACGAGUCCAGGAUGACAUUACCGAGAUUCACAAAGGGACAAGUCAUAAUAGACGAGAUCAAGGAAAUCAAAUCCCACCCUCAGGUUGCCCCCACUGCAUAA